AUGAGGAAACUGUGUCCAAAUUUUGAUCGUGAAGAUGGGUUGGAGACAGUGCUGGAGGUUCCAAUCCCAGAAGAGAUGUUUACUACCAACAAGAACACACACAGAUCAUGGCAGAAUAUGAAGUGUUGGAUUAAGCCAUACAGUGAAAAAUCAUCGUCUUCUCCCUCCAUGCCUGCUCUUUUUGGUAGCCGAAAUGCUGAGAUCCAGCUUCUUCUUGGUGUCGUUGGUGCCCCAUUGAUCCCUCUUCCCAUCCACUCCGAUGAUCACAACCCCAUUAAUAAAAACAUCAAAGACCACCCCAUUGAUGCUUCAAUGGCGCUAUAUAUAGUGAAGCAGUACAUAGCAGCAGUUGGGGGAGAGAAGGUAUUGAAUUCUGUGGACAGCAUGUAUGCAAUGGGGAAGGUGAAGAUGGCGGCUUCAGAAUUUUCAACAGGGGAAGGGAGUUUGAUCGACAAGGUGUUGAAAGCGAGGAACUUUAAGAAUAGUGGUGGCGGGGAGAUAGGUGGAUUUGUGCUAUGGCAAAAAAGGCCUGAGCUUUGGUGCUUGGAGCUGGUAGUUUCAGGCUGCAAAAUCAGUGCCGGGAGUGACGGCAAGGUUGCCUGGAGGCAGACCCCAUGGCAUCGUUCUCAUGCUUCAAGGGGUCCACCUAGACCUCUUAGACGUUUUCUGCAGGGUCUUGAUCCGAGGUCCACAGCAAAUUUGUUCUCCAAUUCAAUCUGCGUUGGAGAGAAGACGAUCAACGAUGAAGAUUGUUUCGUAUUAAAAAUUGAAGCUGAAUCCUCAGCACUGAGAGCAAGAAGUACUAGCAAUGUAGAGAUAAUCCGUCACACAGUUUGGGGAUACUUUAGCCAGAGAACAGGCUUGUUAGUCCAACUUGAAGACUGUCACCUCCUGAGAAUCAAAACCGCAAAAAAUGAAAGCAUAUUUUGGGAAACUACAAUGGAGUCAUUGAUCCAAGACUACAAAAUUGUUGAUGGCAUUAACAUUGCACACGCUGGAAGGACUUGUGUGUCCUUGUUCAGGUUUGGAGAGAACUCGGAAACCCAUUCCAGGACGAGAAUGGAAGAGAUUUGGGCCAUUGAAGAAGUGGAUUUUAACAUAAAGGGUUUGUCCAUCGAUUGUUUCUUGCCUCCUGGAGACCUGAAGAAUGAUCAGGAAGAUGGCUGCGGGAUUGUAACAAAGAAUGCGCGAUUACCAUUCAAGAUUCGAACUGCUUCUACUUCUACUAGAGUUAGUGUUUCCAAAGUUGUCGCCCUUGACGAUGCAGAUUCAGAUGAUUCUGAAGAUGAUGAUGGUGAAGAGUUGUAA